AUGGCUGCCCCUGCUGCUUUCGGCGAUAUCGCCAAGACUGUCAACGAUCUCCUGAACAAAGAUUUCUACCACACCAGCCCUGCCAGUCUUGAGGUCAAAUCCAAGGCCCCCAAUGGCGUCACGUUCAACGUCAAGGGAAAAUCUGCUCAUGAGGGUGCCAUCUCGGGAUCGCUCGAAGCCAAAUACGUUGAUGCGCCCACUGGUAAAUACCCAUCAAAUUCUGAUCAGACCUCACUUCGCACCGCGACACAUGCUUCACAUCCCUCCCUAAAAUGGAUACCACUUUUGUCAUUUUCGUUUAUUCGUUGUUAUACUCGUUUUAGCACUUCUUCCCUCGCUUCCACACCUCUACACAGAAUUGACGCUAAGCUAAUAUCGUGCUCGCAUCCAGGCUUGACGCUCACGCAAACGUGGAACACUGGCAAUGCCCUCGACACCAAGCUUGAGCUGGACAACAACAUUGCCAAGGGCCUCAAGGCAGAGGUUCUCACGCAGUAUCUUCCAUACUCCAACGCCAAAGGUGCCAAGUUGAACCUCCAUUUCAAGCAGCCCAACUUGCACGCCCGUGCUUUCUUUGACCUCCUCAAGGGCCCCACUGCCAACUUUGAUGCCGUUCUCGGACACGAGGGUUUCAUUGUCGGUGCUGAGGGUGGUUAUGAUGUCCAGAAGGCUGCCAUCACCAAGUACUCUGCUGCUGUCGCAUACUCCCUCCCUGAGUACUCUGCUGCCAUUACUGCCACCAACAACCUCACCCUCUUCUCUGCCAGCUACUACCACCGUGUGAAUGCUCAGGUCGAGGCCGGUGCUAAGGCUACUUGGGACUCGAAGGCAGGAAACACUGUCGGCCUUGAGGUUGCCAGCAAGUACAGACUUGACCCUUCUUCCUUCGCUAAGGCCAAGAUCAACGACCGUGGUAUCGCUGCUCUUGCAUACAAUAUCCUUCUCCGACCAGGUGUCACCCUUGGCCUUGGUGCCUCCUUCGAUACCCAGAACUUGAACCAGGCUGCCCACAAGGUUGGUGCCAGCUUCACCUUCGAAGGUUAA